CCGAGCCACUGCCUGUUCACCCCGCUAUCAUCCAGAAGGCGAGAGAUCCUAGCUGCAGGCACCAACAGCUCUGUGGAGGAUGAGCCAGCCGAACACCAGGAUAGAAGGCCCGGGCCCAGUGGAAACUACAGACACCCAUGGAGAUCGAGGGCAUUGUCACCCAGAUCCAGUGGGUCUCCAACCUGAGCCUGCUGGCGGCCAACAGUGUGAUCAAAGUGCUGAUCCUCUGUGAGCACGUCAUGUCGGCCCACCUCGGCCAGCAGGUGGCAGCUGUGCAGCAGACCCCCUCUCAGCUCAGCCUCACCAUGUUCAGCACCAACUCCCAUCUCACCCUGUGCUCAGACAUUCACAUCAAGGGUGUCUGCAUAACCAAGAUAGCCAACCCCAAAAUGUGUCUCGUUACACUAGGUAACCAGCCCAUAAAUUUGUCCCGUCACCAAGGUAACCAGCCAGGGAGGCUAUCGAGGAAUCUGUUUCUGCUCAAUAUAUGACACUUGAACUGUGUCCAUCUCACACAAGCAGGAUAUUUCCCGUGUGAGUCCCAGGUCUUAGCUGUGCUGUGAAUAUCUACACUGUGGAGCCCAAUAGGGUCCAGGUCCACACACCACAGGUCAGUCCCCUAUCUGAAACCCUCUGCCUAUCCAUAUUCCCUCCCUUCUAACCCUUUUCUGUUCACACUUGAUACACACUCACACACACACACACAGUCACGCAUGCACGUGGGAAUACAUACAUGCGGACACACAUACACAUGCAUACUGCCUCAUAUGGCUUCAAAACUCACGUCAAAUCUAUUUCAGUUGAUUUUGUUUUGAUGUUGUUUUUUGCUGUUGUCUGUAGCCUAUAUUAUAGAUAAGCAAUGUGUAU